AUGUCGGACAAACCUGUGGUCGCUAGUGGAGCUCAGCCGAUCGUUAAGAUAGGGCACUAUACUUUAGGAGCAACUCUCGGUGUUGGAACCUUUGGAAAAGUAAAGAUUGGUGAGCAUCAAUUAACAAAGCACAAGGUGGCUGUGAAAAUCCUUAAUAGGCAGAAAAUCAAGUCUCUAGAUGUUGUUGGAAAGAUCAGACGAGAAAUCCAAAACUUAAAACUAUUCAGACAUCCUCAUAUUAUUAAACUUUACCAAGUGAUAUCUACUCCAACUGAUAUUUUUAUGAUUAUGGAAUAUGUGUCAGGGGGGGAAUUAUUUGAUUAUAUAGUAAAGAGAGGAAAGUUGCAAGAGCAUGAAGCUAGAAGAUUCUUCCAGCAAAUCAUAUCAGGUGUUGACUACUGUCAUAGACACAUGAUAGUUCAUAGAGAUCUCAAACCUGAGAAUCUUUUAUUAGAUCACAAUAUGCAUGUGAAAAUAGCUGACUUUGGUCUGUCCAACAUGAUGAUGGAUGGAGAAUUUUUGAGAACAUCAUGUGGCUCACCAAACUAUGCUGCACCUGAGGUUAUAUCAGGAAAAUUAUAUGCUGGACCAGAAGUGGAUGUUUGGUCAUGUGGAGUCAUUCUCUAUGCAUUACUCUGUGGGACAUUACCAUUUGAUGAUGAACAUGUCCCAACAUUAUUUAGGAAGAUAAAAUCUGGAAUAUUUCCGAUACCAGAAUAUUUAAAUAAAAGUGUUGUAAGUCUGUUGUGCAAUAUGAUGCAAGUUGAUCCAAUGAAAAGGGCCACAAUUGAGGAUGUGAAAAAACAUGAUUGGUUUCAAAAAGAUCUUCCAGAUUAUCUCUUUCCAUCUCCAGUGGAACAGGACAGUGGAGUAAUAGAUACAGAAGCCAUAGCUGAAGUGUGUGAAAAAUUUAGCGUCCGUGAGCAAGAAGUCCAUAGUUCUUUACUAUCUGGUGAUCCCCAUGAUCAACUCGCCAUUGCAUAUCAUCUUAUCAUUGACAACAAGAGAAUGGCUGACGAAGCAGCUCGGGCUGAGGUCAAGGAAUUUUAUAUUGCAAACAGUUCCCCGCCAACGGCGACGGACACACAUCGUCCCCACCCGGAACGUAUUGCACCUCUCAGAGACAAGUCCUCGCCUGCUGCACAACCGGCGGCUGAUAAGCAACGAGGGACCCCCGUUAAAAGAGCUAAGUGGCACCUCGGUAUCCGGUCUCAGAGUAAGCCUAACGAUAUAAUGUUAGAAGUGUUCCGCGCUAUGAAAGCUCUGGACUAUGAGUGGAAGGUCAUUAAUCCGUAUCACGUCAGGGUUCGAACUCUCAACAAGUUGACGCAAACAUACGUAAAGAUGUCGCUACAAUUAUACCAAGUGGACUACAAGUCUUACCUCCUUGACUUUAAGUCCCUCUCAGGGGAACGGGAAGAGACCGAUGAGGAGGGCGCUUCGCCCCUUUCUCAGACCCCAGUAACUCCAGUCAUCCCUACAGCACCCCAGGGUCAUCACACGAUGGAGUUCUUUGAAAUGUGCGCGGCCUUGAUUAUUCAAUUGGCCCGGUAG